GAUACACACUAGCUGUUUAAUUUCAGCUCUGAAAAUGAGUGACACCAAUGAUGGGCAUGAAGAUCAAUAUGGAUAUCCAGUUGCUGCACAAGCUGGUUAUGUCAAUGUCAAGCUCAAGUACAUGCUUGAUGGUAGCGAGCUUUACUUCAAGAUUAAGCGUGAUGUUAAGUUAAGUAGGGUUAUGGCUGCUUACUGUAAGAGAAAAGAUCUUGAUUUCCGAUACAUCAAGUUCUUGUUUGAUGAGAAGCAGAUCAAUCUGAAUCAGACCCCGGACAAACUUAAGAUGGAAGAAGGUGAUAUAAUUGAUGUGGUGCAGAACCAAAAUGGAGGAGGUGGCUAUGAAAUCACAGCAAAAUGGGAGGAGAAUGCAAAGAAGAACAACAUCAAAAAUGGUGGGGAGGAGAUAUGAAGCUAGCAAGGAAAAUGGAAGGAGUUUGGAGCUCACAGAAGUGUACCCAAAAGAAACAUAAGACCUACUAAUAUUCUACUAAUUAUGUCAGUGUAGGACUUUUAAGUUAUUAUGAAUGGGAGUCUGUUAAGGAUUGGUUCUUGGUUCUUGCAGUUAUGUUAUUAAAGAUCAAUGGAUAUGAUCAUCCAUGAUAAACUAUAGAAACCUUAAAUUGUAGGGAUGUAGUGAUGGAUUUAAGUCUGCGGUGGGAAUGAAAGUUUUUCGUUCAUUUUAUGAAGGUUUGUUUUGUUUAUUUGUA